ACUGGGGCUAUACGCGAAAAUUAUCGUCCCCUCUCCUCCUUGCAGCCAUCUUUCUCCGCGAAGGCGCGAACCCCUCCUCUCCCAGAAACCCUAGCCCUCGCUCCCCCCGCCUCCUCUUCUCCACUGCCGCCCCCUCGCCGCCGCCAUGGUCUCCGAUGCGGACAUGGAGGACUACGGAUUCGAGUACUCGGACGACGAGCCGGAGGAGCAGGACGUCGAUAUAGAGAACCAGUACUACAACUCCAAAGGUUUGGUUGAGACAGAUUCGGAGGGUGCACUUGCUGGUUUUGAUGCAGUAGUUCGUAUGGAGCCUGAAAAGGCUGAAUGGGGAUUUAAAGCUCUCAAACAAACUGUCAAGCUUUACUAUAAACUGGGGAAGUACAAGGAAAUGAUGGAUGCAUACAGGGAGAUGUUAACAUACAUAAAAUCUGCUGUGACCCGUAACUACAGUGAGAAAUGUAUAAACAACAUAAUGGAUUUUGUUUCUGGAUCAGCUAGUCAGAACUUUUCUCUUCUGCAAGAGUUCUACCAGACAACACUGAAAGCACUUGAAGAAGCAAAAAAUGAGAGAUUAUGGUUUAAGACAAACCUGAAGCUUUGCAAAAUUUGGUUUGACAUGGGGGAGUAUGGUCGCAUGAGCAAGAUACUGAAGGACCUGCAUAAAUCUUGUCAAAGGGAAGAUGGUUCUGAUGAUCAAAAGAAGGGCACACAGCUUUUGGAAGUUUAUGCUAUUGAAAUCCAAAUGUACACUGAAACGAAGAACAAUAAAAAACUCAAGCAAUUGUAUCUGAGGGCUCUUUCCAUCAAAUCAGCGAUACCUCAUCCAAGAAUCAUGGGUAUAAUUCGCGAAUGUGGUGGGAAGAUGCACAUGUCUGAGAGGCAGUGGGCAGAAGCAGCGACCGAUUUCUUUGAAGCUUUCAAGAACUAUGAUGAAGCAGGCAAUCCACGGAGAAUUCAAUGCCUCAAAUAUCUCGUCCUUGCCAAUAUGUUGAUGGAAUCUGAAGUGAAUCCCUUUGAUGGACAAGAGGCAAAACCGUACAAAAAUGAUCCUGAAAUCCUCGCGAUGACAAACUUGAUUGCAGCAUACCAGAAGAACGACAUUAUGGAAUUUGAAAAGAUCCUAAAGAGUAAUCGAAGAACAAUAAUGGAUGAUCAUUUUAUCCGUAAUUAUAUUGAGGACCUAUUGAAGAACAUCAGAACUCAAGUCCUGCUCAAGCUUAUUAAGCCAUAUACAAGGAUCAGGAUACCAUUCAUUUCAAAGGAACUAAAUGUCCCAGAAAAGGAUGUCGAGCAGCUCUUGGUAUCGCUGAUUCUGGACAACCGUAUUCAGGGCCACAUAGAUCAGGUGAACAAACUGCUAGAACAUGGUGACAGGUCAAAGGGAAUGAGGAAGUAUAAUGCUAUUGACAAGUGGAAUACUCAGCUGAAGUCCAUUUACCAAACGGUGUCCAACAGAGUUGGGUGAGAUGGCAGCCUGUCAUGUGCUUUGCACCGCGACAGAUUGGUAGGCUGUUUUGGGAUCUGAGGAUGAAUGAAAGAAUUGUUUCGUGAUGAUUGUGGGAUAGAAUCCUGGAUCUGGAUAAAGAGAAAUGUCUAUGCAAUGUACGUCGCACUCCAUCUGGUGGAUUAUAUUCUCUUCCUUCGGUUAUAUUGCCCAGGAGGACGCUGGGGUUUUGUCCUGACUGAGCCAGUGGUAUCGAGACUUCGCUGUGGUCGAAGUCACUGUCGCUCAAGUCCGUCAGUGUUGGUCUGUGAGGUUUGAGAUUCGAAUGACUUGAACGGUUUAAAUACGUCCGAUUUGAGCUUCUAAACAUUCACUUUGGGUUCAGGCCUGUUUGAACCAUUCACCUCAGCUUAGGGACUACAGUGGGUGUAAAUUGCAUUCGAAUUAUCCAAUCGUGGUAUUCAAUAGAACAUGAAUAUGGUUUA